AUGACAAUGAAGGAGAUUGAUGUACUAACCAAACAACGGGCUGAAGAACUGAAGGAACAAGUGAAGAGCAUGCUCUCUGAUGUCAAUGAUUGUUUGCAAGAAUUGAAUUUAAUCAAUGAAAUUCAACGUCUUGGGGUUGCCUAUCACUUUGAAGCAGAGAUUAAAGAUGCAUUACAUAAGAUGUAUGAUGCCCAUAUUAACGGCAAUGAUGUUAGCGAUGAUCUUCAUGCCACUGCUCUUUGGUUUCGGCUCCUAAGGCAACAAGGGUGUAACGUGUCAUCUACUUUUACUGUUAAUCUUGCUGGAACUCUUCCCCUGAUUGUAGCAAAGGUGUUAGAAUGCAGCUUAAGUGUAUGUCAGCGAAGCGUCUUAUGUGAAAUUGACAAACAAGACUGA